UUGAACAUGGCAUAUAAUUCUAUGUUUACGUCAGGAUAUGGAGCCAGAGGACCAGAGUUUAAAAAGGUAUUAGUAAUCUUGACAGACGGGUAUAGUAACUGGAAGGUGAGCGGACCUUCUCGGAAACUGAAGAACUAUGGGGUUGUAAUAUUCAGUGUGGGGAUUGGACAGAGUUUAUCCAUGUACGAACUGAGAGAAAUGGCAUCAGAUCCAGUGGAUCAACAAGUUAUCACUUUGAAAAGUUCUUCUCAACUAGAAAGUCUUGCAGGAAAGAUGUCUUCACAGACAUGCAACGCAUCUCAUUUCCAAGUGUUUUGUGACAAAGACUACAUGACAGCUGUAUUUGAUGGCGGAGAUCUUCCGAAACAUGUCAACAUCGACAAUCUGUAUCUUCGAAGUCGAUAUUGUAAAGCCAGCUAUAACUCAACUCAUGUCAUUGUAAAAACCUCGCUUACUGGUUGUGGAACAGUGUUCACAAAAGACGAUCAAACCCUCUAUUUUAGCAACACUCUUUCUGAGGUGGAACAGAGUUAUAGUGGCUCUGAUGUUAUCACAAAAAAUUAUCUCUUCAAAGCCAACAUGACGUGUUCAUAUCCUCGAAAACGUACUGUUGGAUCUUUCAGUUUUGACCCAGCAAAAGAAAGAACGCUCGUUGUUCUGAGUGGAAAAGGCAGUUUCUCUUUGUCAAUGGAUGUUUUCACAAGUUCGAAUUAUCGUGAUUCGUAUACUACACAAGACUAUCCAGUUACCAAGUCGUUGUCAGAUAAUCUUUAUAUUCAAUAUUCUAUAAACACGAGCAACUCAGAUCUUGUCGUGCGCGCAGAGACGUGUAGAGCUACACCUACGAACAGACCUUAUGAUAGUCCACAGUAUGUCUUCAUUUAUGGCGGUUGUGAUAAAGAUGAAACGAUCCGCCAUUAUACAUACGGGAUGAGUUCUGUACAACGUUUCAGUAUCCAGGCUUUUCGCUUUCUGUCACAACAUCGGUUCGUCUACCUCCACUGCGAUCUUGUUGUCUGUUACAGAUAUGAUUCUAAUUCCGUCUGCUCCCGAAGUACUUCAUGUCUGCGACGAGUUCGUCGCGAUGCUGCCGAUAAACCAUCAGAUGAUACAUCAGAAAAAUAUGCGCUGUCAUUUGGUCCAUUUAUGCAUGGAAAGGAAUCAACUGACAAGAGCCAAAAGGCAUCACAAAUAACUUGUUGGUAUUGGCAGUUCAGAUGUAAUAAUGGUUACCAAUGCAUUGAUCGAUAUUAUCUUUGCAAUGGUUGGAGAGAAUGCUCUGAUGGAAGUGAUGAAUGGUCGUGGAACUGUGGUAUGCAUUUUUGUAUGCUAUGA